AUGGAUAUGAACCAUUUAAUAGGUCAGCGGUUCAACCUGAUCUCCAAGAGUGACAUUCGCUAUGUUGGAACCUUGCAUGAGAUCAACCCUGAAGCUUCCACAAUAGCUCUGGAGAAUGUCGUCUCUUUUGGAACUGAGGGCCGUCGAGGCAACCCAGCUGAGGAGAUCGCCCCGUCUGCCAGUGUUUAUGAAUACAUUGUCUUCCGGGGCAGCGACGUAAAAGACAUUAGCGUAGCGGAGGACAAGAAGGAAAAUGCACCAUCCGAACCUCCUCAGGUCCCUGAUGAUCCUGCCAUCCUAGGGAGCAUGUCUCGUCCUGGUCCAGGUCCUCAAGGCAUUUCUCCUCACUCCCAAGCACAGCAACCUCCUCGUCCGGCUCCUGGCUAUCCCCAGCAACCUCAGUUCCAGGGCUUCUACCCUCCCUAUGGGCAGCGCUUUGGGGCUCCUGGUUUCCCUCCUGGGCCCGGAUUCCCUAAUAUGCCGUACGGAGCUCCUCCCCCAGGAUGGUACCCUCCCCCGGGUCAAGGAUUCCCUCAAGGACCAGGCCAGUUUCCCCCUCAUCAGAUGCCUAUUGGACCCCCUGGUCAACACCAGACCCCUCCGCCACAGCGUCAGGGGGCGCCUGGUGCGGGCCCUGUAAACGUUCCUAAAGCCACCUCCGAGCUUCCCGUUGGUGAACGGCCCUCCAGUAAGCCCGCCAGCCGGAAUGCCACGCCUGCACCUGCUGCUGGUCAGAACCCUCCUCCACCCCCUGUUGAAUCGAAACCUUCCGUAAUGGAAGCCGUACAAGCCUCCAGUAUUCCCGCGACGGCGGCGGCGCUUCCGGUUACAUCCAAGAUACCACCCACCGGACCCAGGAGCGGACGUGUGCAGCCGGCCAUCCCGAUUGCUACGCACUCUAAGCCGCCAGUCCCAGCUGUAGGCCCUUACCCCGGUGCUAAUGUGGGAAACAAUGUGUCGCAAGGUACUGCUGCUCAGGCGGCCAUUACUGAAGCCACUCGUGCUGCCACUGCUGCUGUCGCGGCUGCCAUGGCUAAAUUGCCUCAACCCAGUGCACAGAAGGCUCCUGGUCAUGGCGAGGCGUCUGUGGACGGCAUGACAAAGCAGCUCGCUGAAAUGAAGCCUUACGAAGGAAAUCGGGCUCCUCGCGGCGGUCAUCCGCACCCACGAGGCGGACGUGGUGGUCACCGCGCUCCUUAUCAGGGCCAGGCGAAGAAGGUUGAGGUUCCUGACACCGACUACGACUUCGAGACCGCCAAUGCCAAGUUCAACAAGCAGGAUCUGGUGAAGGAAGCUAUUGCCACUGGCUCUCCGGUGCAUGAAGCCGAGGCUGCUUUCCCUGAAGGCGAGGACGAAUACACCGAUAAGUCCAGCGCGGAUAACGUCAACUCGUACAACCGGGCUACCUCCUUCUUUGACAACAUCUCGAGCGAGGCUCGCGAUCGGGAAGAGGGUACUGGUGCUCGUGCCGGCGGCCGUGAGUGGCGCGGUGAGGAGGAGAAGCGGAACAUCGAGACGUUUGGUCAGGGCAGCGUCGAUGGUUAUCGGGGCAGCUAUCGGGGCCGGGGCAGAGGAAGAGGCUAUGGCCGUGGCCGCGGAGGUUAUGGUCGUGGAUACAACUCUCGUGGCCGUGGCGGUCUCCGUGGUGGUCGCAAUGCUCCUCAGUCCACCGGAGUGCCUACGCAGAUCUAA